AUACGAGUAGAACAGCCCAUCAAUUAGUAUAAUAAUCAGAUCGUGACAAAAGCGAAUCAAAAGUUACUGAUAAAAAAUGAUAAUUUAAAACAAUAAUUUUAUUUUGACUAUUUUAAACAGAAAGUAGCAUUUAUUACGAAUGAUGGCUGUGUUAAGAUCUACGACAUCAUAUAAACUAGGGAAGGUCAGAAGCAUGUUUAUAAUUGCGAAAUUGAGGCUCAUUAGGGAGAAAUCAGUUCUUUAUCGUGGCAAAGUCCUAAAAUGGACAAUCUGAUUGUCACAUGUGGAGAGGAUUAGACCAUACGAAUAUUUAAGGAAACUGGGAAGGUUUGGAGAGAAAUAUGCAAAAUAAACGAGAAUAAAAAUCCUUAUAUAGUAAAAUGGAUAUAAAACGAACUAAUUCUAGUAGUGGGAUAUUAUGAGGGGUACUUCGAGGUAAGACAAGGAGAGGACUUUAAAUGUGUUCAUAGUUUUGAAAUGUUUGAUCAAUUGAUUGAUUUCGAUUUACAGAUGAUGAAAUAAGAUGCCAUUCUUGUAUGUUCUGGACUCAUUGGCAAUUCAUAAUAUUUAUUUUAAAUGGAAACAAUAAAAUUUUAAGAUUAGAACAAAUUUGUGAAUAAAAAGAAACUUUAGUAUCAAUUACAACAGCAAAUUCAGAAUUUAAAGAUAGCUCCUUAUAUGAACAAUGGCGAAAUAAAGGUGGCUGGAUAAUUUUAGGAGAAUGCAGUGGUUAUAAACAUAGAAUACAACGAAGAGCUGGAUAAAACAAUUGAUAAACUGACAGACUAAUUAAUACCAGUUGAUUCAAAUUGUUGGCAAUUUGAGUGGUCCACCUUUGGUAAUGAGUUACAAGUAUAUACUGAAAGAGAAGUGAGAAUAUAUUAGUAAAACAUUGAUGAUAAAUUUGUGAUAUUAUGA